CAUUCCCACACGCAUAGCACUGCCUCUUCGCCAAGACAGCCGGGCGCUGGCCCAGCUUCCAUCCUCCCUCCACACACCAACAUCCCCGUCCCAUGCCCCUCCUCCAACCCCCGGGGCCCGAUCUCCGCCCCUUCGAGCUGACGUACACGGAUGCGUACAGCUCGAUUGUGUCACGCGUCCGCAGGAGAGGCGGAUCAGGCUCGGGCUCAGUCGUCGUCUUUGUCGGCGUUGACGUGGACGGGUUGUUAGCUUCGAGGAUUCUCGUGUCCUUGUUCCGGCAAGACGACAUUCCGUACCGCAUCAUUCCUAUCGGAGGCUAUGCCGAGCUCGAGGACAAGACGGCAGAGGCGCUCGAGUCGGAAGAGGUAGGCAGUGCACAGACGCACGCUGCAAUUACUGACGAGGCACAGCUGCACACUCUGAUUCUCCUGUCGAUUGGCGCUGUGCUGCCCAACUUGGAAUCCUUCUUUGACCUGCCUGCGGGCGUUCACCUUCACGUCAUCGACUCGCACCGCCCAUGGGCGCUGGAGAGCUUGUUCGACGUGGACAAUGUGGACGAGGAUGGCGUCGAGGCCAACCAGAUUUGGAUCUGGGGCGACGGCGACGAGUCCAAGCUCGACGAGGUGAAGAAGAGUUGGGAGGCCCUGCAGUACAACGAUGUGGCAGAUAGUGACGACGAGGAGGAUGAGGACGACGAUGAGGAUGACGAGGAUGAGGAAGAAGCCGAUGACGAGGAGGAGGGCGAGGAGAGCGAGACUGAGGAAGGCGAGGGCCGGAAACGGGGUCGGCAGGGGUCAUCGCGACCGAAGAAGAAGAGGAGACGUGGGGGUAUGGCCCCAGCAGCCCGCGAGGCCCACGCACGGCGUAUCGAAAACUACUACAGCGCAGGAACCCACUUUGGCAUGAGCUCGGCACAGGUGGUGUAUCUCCUGGCCACAAUGCUGGAGCGAGCGGAUAAUGACCUGUUGUGGUGGGCGAUCAUUGCAGUCACAUGCCAGUACGCCUCUGCCCAGAUAGACCGCGACCAGUACGACAUCUACCAGGAGGUGCUGUCGGACGAAGUGGCGCGCCUCAACCCCGAGGCGGCCAAGGUGCCCAACCCAGACGACCGGCGCAUCAGCAGCAGUGAAGAGUUUCGCUUCGUCUUGUUCCGCCACUGGAACUUGUUCGACUCGAUGCUGCACUCUGGCUACGUUGCAGGGAGGUUGGGUAUCUGGAAGGAGCAGGGAAAGAAGCGACUGAGGGGUCUGCUGGCCAAGAUGGGCUUUCCUCUACAACAAGCCCAGCAGUCGUACCUCCACAUGGACAUGGCGCUCAAGCGGGAUCUGCCGAACAAGCUGGAGGCUAUUGCACCAGAGUACGGCCUGGUCGAACUCGUCUACCCAUCCUUUGUGCGGUCAUACGGCUUCUUCUUAGCUGCCAUGUCUGCGGCGGACGCAGUCGAGGCGCUGCAAGCUCUUCUGGAAGCGGCCCACGGCAUCCGCCUGGAGACCGAGGUGGAAGGCGGAGCCGGUGGCGGCGAGUGGUUCGGAGGGCUGAAAGUGUGGCGACCGAUUGGCAACAGUGGGGUGAACGGCGACGAGUCGACACCAGCGUCAAGAGGGGACACGCCCGAGGGAGACGACCCGAAGAAGGAGCAGCAGUGGCAUGUUGCCAACUUUUGGACGGCAUACGAUGCGUGUGACGAGUACGUGUGGGCGGUGGGCGUGCAACUGACCAGCAGUAUCAAGGAGCUACGACAUGCUCUUCCCCUCGCCAAGACGCUGCACCACGCGAUCGUGCGCCAGGGCUCAGCGAUCCUCGACAAGGCGUCGAUCAAGAAGCUCCGCACGUUCCGCUUCGCGGCAGUGAGCGAGGGGCCGGACCUGCGCCUCUUCUCGCACCCGGCGCUGCUGUCGCGUCUGGCAGUGUGGCUCGUCGACGCGACGCGCGACAAGUGGUCCGAGGGCGAAAGCCACCACGGAAAGCACCCCAAGUCACUGCCGUUUGUGCUUGCGUGCUUGAAUGAGGAGAAGGACAUCUACUCGGUCAUUGGGUUCACCGGCGCGCCAGAGUUUGACAGCGUGCGGAAGAACAAGUUCUCCCUCGCCUUCACCUCGGCGUCGCAGGAGAGCGGCAUCGGCUCGCGGCAGGACAUGUUUGACCAGAGCUUUGUCGAGGUGCACAAAGGCGAUCUGCUGCAGUUUAUCGAGGCGGUACAGCUGCGGUCGUUGUAGCGGGCGUGGUGUUGAGCGGAG